GUAGUAGUUCUUUUGUUUCUUCUUCACCGCUGACCCGCUGUGCUGUAUCCGCGUUGCACUUCUUCUCCCUUCCUCCCUCCCUCCCCCUUUCUUGAGGAGUCUCGGUUUUUGUAGGACUGACUUGCAGCCGCAUCACUGCAGCACAGAAGGCACACGUUGCUAGUGCAUCGUAGGCAUACUUUCCACUAAAAACUAAUUGGAGACGUUCAUCUUUCGCCUCCUUUUCCCACCUCGGAAAAGCAAAAAGGGGUUGUUGCAGCGGGUUUGUGUAUUAGUAGCCACUUUCUCUUUCGCGCAGUAAGGGUCUUCCGCGUCUUCGACACCUCCGCAGACCGGCUCUUUCCGUCGGGGUUUCCCUUUGUUUGUUUCAUUUCUUAAUUUAAUCGUAAGCUUAGGACGUUUCUUUGUUUCUUUCUUUCUUUUUUACACACCUUUUUUUCUCCCUUGUUCUAACUUUUUUCAAGUGCGGCAAUGGGUCUCGGAACUCGCUCGUGCAUGGUGUUCUGCUACCUCAAUGCUGUCUGCGCUGUUUUCAUUAGCUACUGUUUUCGCGUUGGCAUCAGCUCGAUGGCCAUCGCGUCUGUCAGCAACAAGUGGGACCGGCAGCAGAAGGCACGAGCCAUCUUCAACGCUGCCGUCUUUUAUUUAAUUCUCGGGAUUGGCAUGACGGUGAAGAACGUGCUAGACGCGCGUCGCGAGCGUCGCGCGAACGGUGACGCGCGACAGCGUGUGGCCGACUACGGUCUCGAGUUCGGACCAAACGGAGAAUUCGAAGCUGCACCGUUGCUGGAUCGGCGCGCGUUUGCCAGCUCCGAAGGGGAACAGAGCAGGGGCGGCGCUCAUCGUCAAUAUGGGGGAGCGGCGUAG